UUCCUCAGAAGUGGCCAGGGAAAAGGGAAAAGGCAGGUCCCUGCAGGCAGGAGAGUGUGAUUCAGGGUGGGGCAGAGGGAGGGAAAGAGAGAGGCCCGCCUCCUAGUAGGAAAUGAGACUGGGUAAGAAUAACACUUUAUAAGCCUGCCGACCUCUUUCUCUUCCCAUGCCCUGGCCACCUUCCAGCCUCCUCCGUCCAGUCUCCUCCCCUCCCAGACAGUCCUCGCUUCUUUUUCCCCUAGGCUGCAGUCAGCCUGAGCCCCCAGCCUGCCAGAGCCAAGAGCCCAGGUGGGGUAGAGAACCUCGGCUACAGGAUGUUGACAACACUGCUGCCCCUGCUGCCACUACUGCUCCUGCCCCGCUGGGCCCUCUGUAGCCAGGAAGCCUCAGAUGGCCCGCGGUACCUCCACAUGAUCCAGGACUCCUACUUCCUCAACCCCUCUGAAGUGUGGCACCGGGGCAACGCGACGCUGGGGGAGGUCCUGACGCACGUUCUGGAAGGCCCGGGCAACAACGUCUCGAUCCAACAGCUGCAGCCCUUGCAGGAGCCCGAGAGCUGGGCUCUCACAAAGAACAGCCUGAAUCGCUACCUGCAGGAGUUCCUAGGCCUGGUGCAGGUGGUGCACCACGAGCGGGGCGUGGCCUUUCCUCUGACCAUUCGCUGCUUCCUGGGAUGUGAGCUGCCUCCUGAGGGCUUGAAAGCCCGUGUCUUCUUCGAAGUGGCUGUGAAUGGGAGCUCCUUUUUGAGUUUCCAACCGAAGACAGCCUCAUGGACAGCAGGGCCUCAGGCACCUUCCAAUGUGAUCACAUACGCCAUGGAGCAGCUCAACAAGUACAAUCGUACUCGGUACGAACUGCGGGAAUUUCUGCAGGACACCUGUGUGCAGUACAUGCAGAAGCACAUCACCGGGAACAACUCGAAAGGAAGCCAAGUAGGCCGCUCCUACACUUCGCUGGUCCUGGGCAUCCUGGUCGGCUGUUUCAUCAUCACUGGAGUGGCUGUAGGCAUCUUCUUGUGCACAGGUGGACGGCGGCGGUGUUAAUUACUCUCCAGCCCUCUCUGAAAAAGAACUAGACUGAUGGGGCCUGGCAAAGGAAGAUCUCAGCUCAGUGCAAAACUGUGCAGAUUCUCCAUCUGGGACAUUAUACUCCAGAAGAUUUAGAAUGGCAGCUCAUUUCUUCUCCGAGACCCGCCCACCAAGAGUUUGAGGAAGGGGAGGGGAGGAGCCUAGGUAGACAGGGUAGUUGGUUUGCUAAGAACCUAAGAACUGGCACCUUCACUGAACUGGUCUGAGAAGUGAAUGCUUAUCUAUGUUUGUGGAAAACAGAUGAUGGAGUUGGGGAGACGGAGGUGGUCUGUGGCUCACCCAUCUUCCAAAGACAGAAUCACCUGAGGUGUUCAAAACACAACCAAAUAAAACAAGUCAUCCACAACCCAAACAACCAACAUUCAGUGCUUCUGGGUAUGUUAGACUUGGGAAGGGACACUGGUAUUAUACAAUAGAGGUAGAAAUAACCAGAGAAAUGAUGGAAGUGUGCAAUCGAAGUAAUAUGGGAGCAAGGAAUUAUUAAUUAAUCAAUUAAUAGUAACAUUAAUAAAAUUCCUUACUUAUGAAUACAGCAUUAUUAUUUCCUCUACUUGGCAAAACUUUGGGGAAAGUAGCCUAUACCCUUUGCUUCUGCUUCCUCACCACCCACUCUCUCUUCAACCCACUGCAAUCUGACUUCUCUGUAAACUGCUCUAAGAUCAUCAAUGACCUCUAAUUGUGAAACCUUCAUCUUCCAUGAUAUCUGCAACAUUUCACUUUGUGGACUAGGACUCUCUUUUCACCCCAACUUCUGAGACAGCAUAGUUCUCAUCUUUAAAAAACUGUUCUGGCUGCUCAAUCAAUCCCUUUGCCUGUGUCACCUUCCUCAAUUCACCUUUGAAAUGUUGACUUCCUUAGAAUUCCUUUUUUUGGCUCCUUUUGUUCCCCUUUAAACUGUACCCUUUCUGGUGACCUACUAACUUCCAUGACUUCAAAUACUGUCCCCGUUUUACCUCUAUGAGCCAGGCAUUUAACUUCUUCAAGUCUUAGUUUCUUCAUAAACGAAAGGUAUAAUAAAAUAUACUAAAAGGGUAUAAUAAAAACAAUACCUAUCUCACAGAGGCAUUAUAAGUAUUAAAUGAGAUAAUAUAUAUAAGGUAACAUAUAUAUACUCAAUAAAUAUAGCCCUUGCUGCUGACCUCCAGACCCCCCCCAUUUGCCUCGCUUCUUGAAAAUCAUCUGUACCUUAAUAUUUUGCAGACAUUUCAGAGUCAACAUGUUCAAAAUGAAAUUCCAUAUCUGUCUCCCCAAACCUGGUCUCCCUCUUCUGUUUACUCUCAGUUAAACAGAAUUACCAUCAAAUCAUAUCAAUGUAGAGACCUCACUGUUAACCUUUAUUUACUCCCUUUUUAUCCCAACCUAUAAAAUACAAUAUCUGUAGAAUCCUCUCCCUCCUUUCCACUCUAUUGCUUUUGUUCAAGAUGUCAUAAUUCAUCUCUUUCUCUCUGGUAGGCACAGAGGUGUACCACCCAGUUCUGCCUUCAAGAAAAGAUGUGCUGUUCAGCUACAGGAAGUAUAGUCAGCAGAUAGCCUCUAGCUGCUUCAGUUCCUUUAGGGUCUGCCUCACCCACAGAGAACAGUCCUGCACAAGGUCAUGCUCAUCCUGGGGCUGUCUUCAUCCAGUGCCUGAACGAAGCAGGGGGUAUAAAGUUUCAGCCAUUCUGACCCACUGUAUUUCUGAUGAGCUGUGUUCAUUCCAGAGCUCCUCACCAGGUUGGCUGGGUCUUUAUUGGAUCUACACUACAGUCUGAUUUCUUCCUCUAUUCAAUCCUGCUUCCUCCCCGUAGUUAAUAAUAUCUUGCAUCUCAAACCCUGUCUUGGCAUCUGCUUCCAGAAGGCCCAACCUGUGAUUGACAAUCUUGCUCUCUGUCUAUCUCCAAAUUGAGAAAGUCUAUCAAUCUUUUGACUGGACCAUGGCAAUAGCUCUUCCUCAUUUUUCUCCUGGUCUCUAAUUUCUCUAAUCCUCUACAUGGCAAUAAAAAUAUAUACUUCUGAUCAUGUCAUUGUUCUGUUUUUCCAAUUUCCCAUAUUUAUUGAGCUAAAUUCAGAAUCUGCAAAAUGACUGGCAAGGCCUUGUAAAAUCUGGCCCCAUCUUACUUUUCAAAUUUUUUUCCCUACCACUUCUCUUCACCCAACUGUGCUUUAGAUUUACCAAUUUUAAAAGCAUAUUUUUAUUUUUAUUUUAUUUAUUUAUUUUUUAUGGUACGUGGGCCUCUCACUGUUGUGGCCUCUCCCGUUGUGGAGCACAGGCUCCAGACGCGCAGGCUCAGCGGCCAUGGCUCACGGGCGCAGCAGCUCCGCAGCACGUGGGAUCCUCCCGGACCGGGGCAUGAACCCGUGUCCCCUGCAUUGGCAGGCGGACUCUCAACCACUGCGCCACCAGGGAAGCUCUUAAAAGCAUAUUUUUAAAUGACAGAAGUAAUACAACAACAGUAGCAACAGAGAGGUUUACAAAGAGAAAAGUGAAAGACCACUGCUUUCCCCUUCUCCCCAAAACCUUACCUCAAAGUUAUGCCAAGACUCUUAGUUGCAAGCAACAGAAAUCAGCUCUGCCAACUUAAGGGGGAAAUAAAUAUAUCAGAAGGCUAUCAAGUAAUCCUCAGAGUUUGGGGGAAGGCCAGCUAAUCAAGCUCAGAAAAUAGAACCAGGGAUGACAAAGUCACAGCACAGGAAUGGUCUAAUUAAGGAUACCACAGCUGAAACCACUACCUUCAUCACCACUGCAUGGUGCCAUCUUAAAUGAAUACUACCCUGUCCCUUGUGUCUUACACUAUUUGUUCAAGAUUCAAGGUCCUGAUGGAAGCAUUCAAAUGGUCACGCCUAGAUCAUGUUGCCUUUGCCAUAGU